GAACACUUUUUAGAGAACACUCUUCCUUGUUCUUUCUUUUGAAAUUCUGACUCUGAACAAAACACUGAAAAACACCCCUUUUUUUCAAUUGAUUUCUCCUCUUUCUCUUUCUAUUGCUUCAAUUGCUUCGAAAUUAUUGAGCAUUGAUCGAUCAAACAAGAUACAAUCAAUCGAAAGAGAGAGAGAGAGGUUUGAUUGGUCUAACAAUGGAGAAUAAUGAGAUGUUUAGCUCGUCAACGGUGCGUCUCACAUGGAACGACUUCCUCGAGCGGAUGCGUCAACCUUCCGCCGCUGAAUUUGUCAAAGCCAUUAAAAGUUUCAUUGUAUCCUUCUCGAACAAUAUGCCUGAUCCGGAAAAGGAUAGUGCUGCAGUGCAGCAAUUCUUUGCCAACAUGGAAGCUGCUUUCAGGGCCCAUUCACUUUGGAGCGGGUGUUCAGAAGAGGAGCUCGAAAGCGCUGGUGAAGGAUUGGAGAAGUAUGUCAUGACAAAAUUAUUUACUCGUGUUUUCGCUUCAUAUCCUGAUGAUGUAAAGGAUGAUGAGCAGAUUUCUGAAAAGAUUGCUUUAGUUCAGCAAUUUAUCCGGCCAGAAAAUUUGGAUAUCAAGCCAACCUUUCAAAAUGAGUCAUCGUGGCUGCUUGCACAAAAGGAGUUGCAAAAGAUCAACAUGUACAAGGCACCUAGAGAAAAGCUCGCAUGUAUUCUUAACUGUUGCAAAGUCAUAACUAAUCUGCUACACAAUGCUGCUGUCACUGCAAAUGAGAACCCCCCUGGAGCUGACGAAUUUCUUCCAGUUCUUAUUUAUGUCACUAUAAAGGCGAAUCCGCCUCAGCUGCACUUGAAUUUGCUAUAUAUACAACGUUACAGGCAUCAGUCUCGAUUAGUCUCAGAAGCAGCCUACUACUUCACAAACAUUCUCUCUGCUGUAUCCUUCAUCUCAAACAUUGAUGCUCAAGCCCUUUCAAUGGAUGAAAAUGAAUUUGAUAAAAGUAUGGACUCUGCUCGAGCACUUCUAUCUGGUCUGACAACUGAUUUUCAGACAACUGCAAGUGCUGACAAUACAUCCACCUUAAAACCCAUGGAAACUCAGCAAACUUUGGCUUCUAAUGAAAACGACUCCACAAGACAACCACAAAUAUCCUCAGAGUCUUCUGCUGCAAAAUCUAGUAACCAGGAGGAUCAAUCAUCAAUGACAAAAAAUAUGUCCAUCUCUGAUUUUGAGGAGAAGGGUGCAAGUACGAUUUUGAAAGAGGAUAAUAUUGACAAUGUUUUCCAGGAGUUCCCAUAUGUAUUUUCUAGUGUUGGAGAUCUAACGCUGCAUGAUGUUGAAAACUUACUGAUCAACUAUAAACAGCUUGUGUUCAAGUAUGUUUGUCUUGCCAAAGGCUUAGGCGUUACACCAUCAUCAAAUCCAAUCUCUUCAUCUUCACAAGAGCAAGAUCGGAGAGUGCUUGAAAAUGUGGAAGGGUUCGAACCCAGUGAAGCAGUAAACGAUAGUGCAGACCAUGAAAGUUCACCCUCUGACAUGGUCUCUUCUGAAUCUAAGCCACCAGCAGAAAAGGGUGUUGGUGCUUCUUUACAGGGAGUAGAAAGAGGUGAAGUUUUGGUUUCACCUGAAGAACAUUCUGAAGGCAAGGUCCCACAAGAAGGGUUUACUGGGUCAUUAAGCAGUGAUCUUGGCACUGAAGCCGCAGCAGCAUCACCAACCGAAGAGCCACAACGUGAUGUACAACGAUAGUCCUGUCAUAUAGUAUACCACAGACGAAAUAUCUGACAAUACAAUUUGAUUUAUUUUUUUGCUGUAGUUUCUUGGCAUGAGUUUAACGUUUCUGCUCGUA